AUGUGGUUCCUUUCAGCCUUGACGGCUACGUUCGUCUCCCUCGUGUCUCUCGCUGCCGCAGAAGAUCUCCCUAAGAUCGAGGUUGUGGGCAACAAAUUCUUUUACUCCAAUAACGGAUCCCAGUUCUUGAUCCGUGGUGUUGCCUACCAGCAAAACCCCAUGAACACAACUGGCGAAUCCCAGGAUAAGUAUGUCGAUCCUCUUGCCGACGCUGAAGCUUGUAAGCGUGACGUGAAGUACCUUGCCGACGCCAAAACCAAUGUCUUGAGAGUGUACGCCGUGGACCCAACCAAGGACCACGACGAGUGUAUGAAGACUUUUGCCGAUGCUGGCAUCUACAUUAUUGCUGAUCUUUCUUCCCCUGCCGAAUCCAUCAACAGAGACAGCCCUGCGUGGGACGUGAACUUGUACAAGCGUUACACUUCGGUGGUUGACAUGUUUGCAAACUACUCCAACGUCUUGGGUUUCUUUGCUGGUAACGAGGUCACAAACAACAGAUCCAACACUGACGCUUCUCCCUUUGUCAAGGCUGCCGUAAGAGACAUGAAGGCCUACAUUAAGGAGAAGGGCUGGCACUACCCCGUGGGCUACUCGUCCAAUGACGACGCUGAGAUCCGUACUGCCAUUGGUGACUACUUUGCCUGUGGUGAUGAUGACGCCAAGGCCGAUUUCUUUGGUGUCAACAUGUACGAGUGGUGUGGUGAUUCUUCUUUCGAAGAGUCCGGAUACGAGGCCCAGACCAAGUUGUACCAGAACAUGACCAUUCCUGUGUUCAUGUCGGAGUACGGCUGUAACAGAGUCAAGCCCAGAAAAUUCCAAGAAAUUGGCACGAUCUUCUCCGACAAGAUGACCGAUGUCUGGUCUGGUGGUAUUGUGUACAUGUACUUUGAGGAAGCCAACAAAUAUGGUCUUGUUUCUACUGAUGGCAACUCUGUUUCCACCAUGACUGACUACUCAUACUACUCUGAGCAGAUGAACAAAAUUUCGCCUAGCUUGGCCAAAUCUGACGAUGUCAGUGUUGACAAGUCAAAGACCUUCGAGUGCCCUGCCUCGGCCAAGACUUGGCAGGCUUCUCCAAGCUUGCCUCCAACCCCCGAUGAGGGCAUCUGUGACUGUAUCCAGAAGUCUUUGAAAUGUGUGGUUUCUGACGACGUUGACGAGGAUGACUACGGUGAAUUGUUCGGUGAGGUUUGUGGUAAGCUCGACAGCUGUGAUGCUGUCAGCGUUAACGGUAAGAACGGUACCUACGGUGCAGUUUCUUUCUGCUCCAACAAAGAGAAAUUGUCCUACAUUAUCAACCAGUACUAUGAGCUGCAAGACGGCGACAAGUCUGCUUGUGACUUUGACGGUUCUGCGUCCUUUGCCAAGUCCCUGAAUAGCGAGUCAUCUUGUCAGGCUGUUGUUUCUUCUGUUUCCGCUCACGCCCAGGUUACAGGUUCUACCUCGGGUGCCAGUGGUGCUGCUAACGUUGGUUCUGGUUCGGGCUCUUCUGGUUCCGGUUCUAGCGGCAGCUCUGAGGCUUCCUCUAGCUCUUCUUCCUCUAAGAAGAGUUCUGGUCACAUUUCUGCCCGUGUCAUUUCCAAAGGUGAGCUCCUUGCUGUGGGCGCCAUGGUGAUGUGCUUCGUCGGUGGCUUCACCACUUUCUUCAUGUAA